GAUUUGUGAACUUUCGUAUCCAGUGUGUUGUCAUCAUUUUGUGUGUGUGUAUGUGUGGAAACUACAGAUUCUGAAAUUCUUUAAUUCAUUAAUUAAAAAAAAAACAUGUUAAUGUUCAAAGUGCGUGUGUGAAUUUUUUUUUUGUUUUGUUUUUGUUUUGUCUUGUUUAAUCGAUUCUUUAUUCAAUUUUUUUUUCUUUUCGUUUCAAUUUAUUGAUUAUUAGGGUUUAUUGUUUAUAGCCACAAUGGUGGCCAUCACACAAGCUAAACCAUAUAUGAAUGCAUUGAAUGAAGCUGUUGCCAUGUUAACUGGUACAGAUACUAGUACUGGUAAUGGUAAUUUCAAUGUUGUAGACAGUGCUGAUGGAUCAGCAACAAUUUCAAAUCCAUUAGAAUCAGAUUCAUUAUUAAUGCCUGAUUAUUUGCAAACAUCGCCAAGUUAUCAACAAUCAGGACCAGCACAGGUAUCGGCUGCAGUACAAACUAAACGUACGGUUGAAGUGAAACCAAUAUUGUUUCAAUCUGAUCCUGUUGAACCACAUAUUGUUGAUGUUGAAGCCAGUAUACAACCAGUACAGGUAGUGUUCCGUUCAUCAUCUAGUCCGGUUAUGGUACAACAGAUACAUACACCUGCACAACCAAUUCAUGUAGAGCCAACACGGUCGGAAGAUGAACCACAUACCGUACAACAUCAAGUUAUGCGACCAGUAAUACAGGAAAUACGGGAAAUUAUUCAGCCAUAUCGUCGUGUUUUACAGGAAAUUCGACCUGUUCUUGAAGAAGUUCGUACGGUUGUUGCUCGAUCUGAAGGUCGUUCUUCCGGUGGUGGUGGUGCUGGUGCUGGCGGUAACGGUGGUGGUAGCGAUGGUGGUAGUGAAGGUGCAUAUGGACCAGCAAGUGCAAAUGCACUUAUGAUGGAUAAUUCAUCAUCAAGAAAUGGUGGUGGUGGUGGUACUGUCUAUGCAUCCGGUAGUAACCGUUCAACAUCAACAUUAAAAUCAAUGGGUGGUCUAAUGCGUAAAAGUUAUAGCCGUAGAUCCGGUACAUCAUUAUUCGGUAAACAUCAUCAUCGGCCAUCAUAUACGGAUCGUGCACGAUCAUCCUAA